AUGGCCAAAGGCUCGCCCAACUCCGAUCCUGAGGCGCAUGGUUCACCCCUUUGCACUCGUCACCAUCGGUCCGAGCGCCCGCGGCCCGUCACCCUGAACCACUAUCGGCAUUCACAAAACUCGUUCGACCUAGAGCCUUCGUUGGGGAUCCGGACAAACAAACGUGCCCCCGUCGCAUCCGACACCAGACUUCGCCGAAACUCGUCUUGCCCCACCUUUGUCGCUGACUCGGGCCGCAGCAGCUUCUCUGACGGCCCAGCGCCCUUGUUGAGGCACACAGCAAAGCGGCAUCUACCCCAGCACCGGCGACUGUCCUUCCCCUUUGAGCACACUGAUUUACGCCGAGCCCGACGCGACGCUCUGGGUUGCACCGGAUUCCCUUGCGCCAAAGCCCUGGGCUUCAAAGGCUAUCAGAAAUCAUCGAGCGCCCCCGUGUCGCCACACAAUACCUCACAAAGUGAUGCCGAGUCUGGGUUUGGUGACUCUCGCGUGUCAAGCCGCCGGCCAUCUGCAACCUCGUCCAUAGCCACGCCAAUCGUCCAUGGCGAAGACUCAACGCGACCGCGAUCCCGCGGCCGUGCGCGAGCCGGCACGUCCCCGUCCAAACCCAACCUGCAUACCCUGGAAGUGUUGUGCGAGUACCAGACCGAGUCUGCCCCCGUGUCUCGCCAUCCCGUUGCCCCGAACCAGGGCGUGGCUCCUCCAGGCUCUGACGACGGUAGGCACUUUUGCUCACUGACCCUUGUCCUUUGCCCCAUCCUGUUCAACGCUGGUUCUCACGUUCUGCCUGCAUUUGCCCAUCCAAUCGCCACAGAGCGGGAGCAAGACAAAGAUACGCUACCCACGCCGGAUGCACCGGCACAAACCAAACGUCCGGUCAUGCAGAGGUCUCCCCAGCCCGUCCAAAGACGCCAUGAAGCGCGGUCGACACCUUUGGUUUCGAUAGAUGACCAUCCAUGGGAUCUACUCAUGGCACAAAAACCAAUUCCUAACAGCAAACGUGGAAGUAAUUCAACCGAUUCGUCGGCCUGGGAGGACCUGGAUGUGGAUCUUGAACUUGACAUGGACUCCAACCGGGAUGUAGACUCCAACGCCCUUCCCAAAGCGACCAAAGGCGGGGUGUCGCGGAAAAAAACUCACCGACUACGCCAGCGCGCUGUCUCAGACCCUGCCCGCCCCGUUCAUGAGUAUAAACCCUCGCCACACCCACUGUUGAAGCGUCGCUCGACCCGACUCUUCAAGCAGCUCGUGCUGACAGCCUCGAGCUCAACAGCAUCCCUCAUUCAGCGCACUGCUUCGCCCGAAGUCCAACCUGCGGCUGCCUCGCCAACGAGCCUUGAUAUUGACCCCGAUUCAACGGCCAAGAUCCGUCGCUUCCUGCAAGAAAAACACCGCCGAGCUACUCAGUUUCGCAAGCUAGCCACUUCACUGACUGCAGCCGCCUCCACCUGUGCGCAGCGCCGACAAACCAGUGCCGCUGACCUAUGCGAUGAGUUUCAGCAGACGCUGGCACGCGCCCGCCCUACCUCGCCGCGACAGGGCCUUCGGCGCACUCUAGGCCUGGGUGCACCCCGAUCCAUCAGUCCCCAAGAGCCCGAGCGCGUGCCCACCCCCACGUCUCCACUCGGCAUCACUGUGCGCCGAGUCAAGAAUUUGUCAGAACGGCGUCGUCAGCUCAUCUCCACUCACACUAUUCGCUCGCGCUUCAUUCUUCUCGGGCCCCGCGGCUGUCAAAACGUGCCAGACGUGAGCCCCGGCAUCGAGCGUCCUGGUCGCGCGGCAUCAGUGUCCAAUCUAGCACAGCGAGCGCAGUAUGUAGCUGCGCCACUUGUACCAGACACCGCAUCAGACACCGCAUCAGACACUGCAUCAGCCCCCGUGUGUCUCACGCCAAACUUUUGGUUCGGCACCUGUAGAAGCUAUCGUGCAGUUGCACGUGCUCGCCGCAUCAAGCGCUCAUCUUCGCGGUCAAGCCGCAGCAUCGAAGACUCAGAAUGGGAAGAUGAUGAGAUACAAGCGUCGCCACAACAGGUUCCUGAGCUCGAACCUGAGCCGGAGCUGGAACCCAUUCCCAAACCCCUGCCCCGUCCCAUGUCAGCACCACCUCGCCCGUUCACCGCCGAUGCUCGCGACUUUCGCAACCAGUGCAGCCGGUUACUGCGCAACAACAGCACGACGGUAGACGCUGGCUCGCCUCGCUUGCAUUCGAUUCAGCACGUAGAAAUAGAGCUCGCUCGCAAUUCCAGUUACGCACAGGCCGUUCGUUUCCCGCGACCACUGUCCUUAUACACGACGGCAUCUGAGGAUUUGUCCGAUGAGGAAAGCUAUCGGCCCUCCACGGCCACAAGCUUGUAUCCAUACCCCGGCCACGCCUCGUCCCCGCCUUCAACUAGCACCUUGGCACAUCGGCGUCACAGUCUGUCAGCGCCGCCACCCUUUGGUAUCAACGGCAUGCCAAUCCCCUCGGGCGCACGCGACGGCAAUCUCGGGCGCGAAUCACGCUUGCGGCGCUCCUCGGCGUUUGCUCAUCACGAAGAGGAAACCAUUUCAGAGCUUUUACUGCGCGGAACAGCCCGGCGACCAAGCUCCUUAGAUGAUCGUGCGAGCUGCCGCAGCUCAUACGAUUUGUCUGCUCUCGAACAUCUUCGAGAGGACUUUCAGCCCGGGACCAGCACCCCGGAUGACAACCGUCGUUCUGAGAACGGCUCUCGUGUUGACAUGGCCUCCAACGUGGGCAGCGAGAACAUGCGCGAGCUUAUCUAUCACAUGGAUGAUGAGACCAACGAUGCAUUGAUGGCCAGCCAAACAAACGCGUCACUCAACGCCAGCCCGCACUGGCAGCAAUUUCAAAAUUCUUCCAUGGCCGAGAAUGUAUUGCGAUGGACACCAGCCGAUGACAUAGACACACGGCGCCGACAUUCGGCUGCCCAUUCGCACCACUCUACGGGUCAGCUGUCAUCAUCGGCCGCCAGCACCGGCGAGUCGGACGAGCUCGGCCUUCUGCGGCGCAACGCACGCAAGCUUGUGGACUCACUCAAUGCCCAGCUCGACGUGAUGCAAAAGCACGGUCAAUAUGACCCUUUGGCAGUUGAAGCGUUUACGGCAAAUCGUUUGGAAGAUAUGCAGGGUUUUGUGCAAAACUACUUGGAUGACAACGUUGAAGUUGAGAUGCAGGGCCUAAUAGACGAGCUGGACCCCGAUGGUUUGGGCUACAUCCCACUUGAAACAUUGCGGCGCUCCAUGAUUACCUCGGGUCGCUUUCGAAGCAGCGAGGUUGAUCUGAUUUUGCGCUAUGCUGAGCUGUCAGGCCCUGCCAACUCGAUCCGCGCUUUGGAGUUGAAGCGCUUGCUGUAUCGUCUGCUCCAUGGGCGCCUCAAUCCAGUGGGAAUUCCGGGCUGGCUACCAGAGCCUCUGACGCCGCCCAGCCGGUUGCAGUCACGCCAAUCCUCGGCGGGUCGCAACGCAUCCAACCGCUCAUCGGUGCGCAGUCGCCGUGCGUCUCGUCCUCUUGUUGCAACUCGUGGGCGCAACGGGCCACGGAGUCGCAAUAGCUCGUUCGACCUGGGUCCCGGACUGGAUGCGGUGCCUUUUGACCAACGGGCUGUCUCCGCUCAGCCAUAUAUUCUGCGAGGCCCAUCUGUACUCCCAGCCCUGCCUCCCCAGACCUGGUCGGAGGAGCGUCUGGACGAAGACGAGGCCGUACAUGAAGCACGGCACCCUUUGACUCGCAUUUCCCCUGGUCCUGGCAGUUCAUCGGGACACUGCUCGCGCUCUCCCAUACUGGCGACUUUAUCGCGCAUCUCAUCAUCAUCGUUGCAACGUGAAGGCUCCUUGACCAACACCUGGCACCAACUUCCUGAUUAUGAUGACAAGUCAGGCCGUGCUGAGCCCCAACAGACUGCACAAUCCAACCCGACAAGCGAUGGUAUGCCCCUCGUCGAUCGGAUAGGAGGAACGACGACCAUGCCCAACAACCACCCGACUACGAGCGACAGCGUCUUGGAACCCGAUGCAGAUGAGCACGUUGACAACACCUACGAGGCCAGUGAUGAGGAGGACGAUGAGGAUGACGAUGAGGAGGACAUUGCGGCCCAAGCACUCGAGGGCUACAAAGCACCGGUACCCGUACCAAUGCUAAACGUCGGUCCUGUGGCGUGGCCAGCGGACAUGAUCGAUGACGAAUCCAGCUUUGAGCGAAGCCCCAACAUGUCGCGGGGUACUGAAGCUGCCUCCCCCAGCAUGUCGCGCGCGGCAUGGCAUGCCAUGCUUGCUGCCAAGGACAUGCCUCGAAGUGAUUCAUGCGAGGGCAUUGUGUAUAGCGACGCCGAGUCGACUAGUACUGCGCGGCCCAGGCGAUCUACCGUCCUACAUAGUGACCGCAGCCGCCGCAGUACCGUGAUGUUUGAACGGGCCUUGUCGCUGGGCCGUGCGUCAUUACGCAUGUCGCAGCGCUAUGACAACAUUGACAGCCAGGAAGGAUCGCCACGGCCAUCAUCGCCGGCGAUCGAUUUAGUCAGCUCGCGCCUCAGCCUGAGCCACAGCAUGAACGAACUCUACUCGGAUGACGAGCCCUGCUCGCGCAAGAUGUCCAGUGCCAGCCUCGAGAGCGUGCGCCGUCGCUCGCGCACGUCGUCCACCCUGCAAGAGUCUCUCUCAGCCCAUGUACCCUUUGCGCAAGAUGCCGCCAUGGACAUCGCGGAGGAGAGGUCAUCAGACGGGUACAUUGAAGUCGAUAGCGAGGAUCUGGACCCCAACACGUUGGACGGCGCGGACGAUUGGGUCGAAUGUGCAACCGCCACAGGAAUCAAGCAGCCGAGCAACGGCCCGCCUACCCGGUCUGACAUCGAUCAGUCGUGGGUCGGCUAUGAUACAUGCACUCAGAGUAGCCCGAUGCAUGACGUUGAUGAUGAAGACGUGGAAGGCAUGGCUGAGGGCGUCCUGUACAGCAACGCGGGUGCGGUUCCGUCUCUGGGGCCACCGCCUUUCAACAAGGCUGCGGACACGGCGUCCUACCAGAAGAUGCGGGGCGGUCGCGGCCACAAUUCGCUGCAAGACUCAACCGACGAGAGCGACGAUCAAAUCUGCACCCGCCCGUUGGUCAACCGCAAGCUUCAGCGCCGACCGGCCACCCGGCGCCGGCCCACCACGUCCGGAGAUAGCCCUGGGAACAAGUCAGGAACGAGCAUCUCACCAGACGUUCACUCCAUGUUGAGCAGUCCAAUCGACCCGCUUCCAUUUCGCUCCGGACCUUUGGAGAUGAUGCGUGCGCGUUCGCCCGAGGGUGGACGAGACCGGGCCCGCUCCUUUGACCACCACUCGACUACGCAUCGCCAGUCUGACACGGCAGCGGACCCUGCAUGCACAGCAUGCAAGCCAUUGCCAGUGGCCGGGCCUCGAGACUACGUGUUUACGGCAGCGCAGGCGCUCCGCGAUCUCAACCAAGCACAGCGCCAACCGCCGGCCAACGUGGCCGUCCAUCAUCUGACACCAGGCGUUGCCACGGCGCGAGAGCAGGCCUCAUGCUCAGCGCCUCGUGUCUUGGUAGCCCGGCUGAUCCAGAACGGCCGGGGUGUGCGGUUUGAGCCGCAGACUGAUGUUUGA